AAACCGUAUCAUACACGCGUUAAGCUAAAGAUGUAAGCAUUCGUUCAGAAAGCGACGCGUCGGAAAAUUAACAAACCGGCGGCCGGCCAGCCAGUCUGAAUUUAGUCGUGCGAGAAAGAGGUUGUGUCGUCCGCCCGAUUCUCAAGUGCCUAGAAAAGGAAUGUGCCUUUAGUGACAGUGUUACUAGUGUAAAGUUUAUUUUUGUAUAAUCUGUGUCUAACUAGUGGAAAAAAUGGAGUUGAGAAGAUUAUCUAUAUAUUUAGCACUCUUCGUACUCGUCUGCGUGUCACAAUGUACAGAGGCGCGUAGCACCAAGUAUAGUGGAGAAGGAGAGGACGUUAAUUACGAUGAUGUGCUGGCUGAUGAAGCUAGUGAUGAUGAAGCACAAAAUGACGCUGAUGGAGGUAACGAUGCAGACGAGGACGUGGAAGACGCCAUAAUGUUAACCCAGGCAACCAAUUAUAGUGUGGCGAUUGGCAGAAAUGUGCGUCUGGAGUGCAGGGUAUCUCCCGCUGAUGGAGUUGUCGUCCAGUGGACAAGGAAUAAUACGAAAUACUUCAUCGGAACGCUGAAAAGGACUGAGCAAGAUUUGAAGACUUACACCGGACAGGAUAGAUUCUUCAUUGCCGCCAAUUCGACAGAUCUUCUCAUCAAGGACGUACAGCCAAGCGACAGCGGCACCUACAGGUGUGAAAUAUUGCAAAUGAAUCCACCUUCCGUGGAACACAAUAUUGUUAUCACCGAAUCACCUAAAGUUAUCAGGUUCUACGCGUCAGACAGCGGAAGGGUACCGGAAGGGAGCGACCUACUCCUCACGUGCGAAGCGUCUGGCUCCCCGCCCCCGCAAAUCCUCUGGUCUUGGGACGGUGAUAAUGGCAACCACCGUUUGACAGAAAAGGACGGCGAGUUCACGGCGAACAGUGUUUUCAUUAGAAACGUUAAACGACAAAAUGCCGGCAAAUAUUACUGUUACGUCUUCAACACGGUUGGUAAUGACCAAGCGGAAUUAGCCGUCAAUGUCUUACGGAAACCCAGAGUGCAUGUACACAGGACAGUUGUGAACUCAGAUCUGAACGUAGAAGCAGUUCUGGAAUGUUCUAUUCACGAUGAGCCCGCAUCUCACAUCCGUUGGUACAAAGACGGUAGACUGAUUGAAGACUCUUCGAGACAGUACAGCGUCAGCACCAACGGGCAGCAUUCCAAUCUCACCGUGAUACCAUCAUCUGAUAUGGACUUUGGGACUUUCACGUGUGAGGCGGAAAACAACCUCGGCAAGCACAACAGAUCCAUAGAGCUGGUGCAGCGGCCGGUCGUGGAGGACUUCAUGAGUGAAGGCACCAAGCUGUCCUGGACCGUCCACUCGCAUCAGCCGAUAGAAGCGAUGGAGCUGCAACUGCGCGAUGUUAAUGGGGACGAAGAUUGGCGCACGGUGUCGGUGCCGGUGCCGGCGGGCGGCGCGCGGCGCGGGCUCCCCGUCUCCUUCGAGCUGGAGGCGGCGGACGUCGGCGCUGGCAAGUACGAGGUGGCGGUGAAGGUGCGCAACAGCAAGGGCUGGAGCCAGCACGCCGACCCCGCGCUCGUGGAUAUCGAAGCGCAACCAGAGUACAUCCGACCUGCAUCAGUUUAUCUGCCGAGCAGUGCAUACUCAAUUCGACCGUCGCUGGCUCUACUGCCCCUCAUUUACGUUCUGGUUCGAUUUUAAACGACACUUAGAUUAAAUAUUAUUUAUUUAUAGACAGGCGUAUCGGUGUUAAGACAAUUCCGCUGUGCUAUGCGAUUCGACUGAGAAUGGGAAAGCUAAUGACCAUUAUGGACCAGUUUAUUGUCAAAUAUCAUUUGAUAUUGAGAUAUGAUUUACUUUUACAUUUUGGUAUUACAAUAAAUAUAUAUUAGCCCGUUUUACAUCGAAUGAAAAUAUAAACGUAGUUGUUUGACUUGGACUAUUAAUACGUAUGACUGAAAACUAUGACAACGUCACAAAAUGGCGCAGAAUUGAUCCUAUUCUUAGUGGAAUCGCAUUGUUAAAUCUCAUUUUAAAAGUCAAUACGUUAAUGUGGAUAAAUGAUUCUAUACAUUUAAAUAGCGAACAGAUUUCAUUUUUAAAUAUCCGAACUGUUCCAAAUUCAAAUUUUAAUAUGUUUAAAACAGCAUUUUUUCACAAUUUGAAUUUCGAAUGUUCUCCAAAUUACAAAUUCGUUCACAGAGGCUAAACGUAUAUGACUAAUAAAAUAAGAUGAAAUCUCGCUUUUGCUGUUCCCAAUUCCUGCGAUAUAAAUAUAAAUAAUGCGAUAAAAAUUAUCACAUCUUUGAAAAGUACAAAAUCGGAACGCCAAGAUACUUAAUUGUAUUAAAUGAAGCAUUAGUUUUAUGUCAAAUUUACUACAGCGAUUCUAACCUUUUUUUUUUGUAAAUAUUUCAUUUUAUAAUAACAUUAAACUCUGAUUUAAAUACAAAAUGCGUCGGAGUGUACUUUAAAAUGCCAUUUUUUUGCUGUUUGUGGAAAUACAAAAAAAAAAAAUAAUGCAGUGAUUGCACAAUCUAUAGUUUUUUUUUUAAUUUUAAUAACAAUAAUUUUGAACAAAGAACAAUUACUCCGAUGCAAUUAGCUUAUAUUAAUUUAGGCAUCUCACGUUAUUAUAAUUAAAAUCAUAGGUUAUUAUUACCAAAGUGUAAUUAAGUUAAUCACAUAUAGUUUUAAGUUUAUUUCGUUUAAUUAACGCUUAUAAAUAUUUAUUCGUAUCGCUUACGUAACUAAUUGUAAAGUAUGCAUUGAAAUUGACUCUUCGAACCUGUUGAAACUAAAUACUCUAUUAUUGGUCUUUAACGGUACAUUAAAAGUUACUGCAAUCCAAGUAUAAUAAUACUUGAACAUGAUAAUUGGCUAAUUUCCUCGAUAACGUGUUUUUUUUUGUGCUGGCAAUAAACGACUUUUUAUUUGGCAAUUGGAAAAUUUGCUGGUAACAUUUUUAAUAGAUGUUUUUUUUUUUUAAAUAGCGAAGAGUCAGACCAUUUGUAAUUUAUUCAUUACGUGAUGUUUUUAAAGUUAAUGCAUUAGUGACAGUGAAUUUUAUCUAGAUUUAAAUAGUAAUUUACCAUCUCUAUGAGUGACAGUUACGAAUUUUAUAACUAUGGUUUUUACACAGACUACAAAUACAUUUUUUGACAAUGCAGUGAUUAAUUUAAUGUAAUACAACAUAUUAUAUUUUAAAAUAAACUAUAUUUUUGUUUAAGUAAUUUCUCAUAUGUAGUAGGUAGCUCGUUUUAUCUAGUUAAACUCAAAGAGAUGGAAGCCAUAUUUAUGAUACUAAUUACAAUAAUUACCAGUGAAAGCCUUGAAUUGUGCCUACAAUAGAUACGAUGUGCUUUACCCAUAAAGUUCCAGUUUAUACCUUUGUAUUAUCGAAAAAUUAUAAAAAAUAAGGCAUAAAAACCUUUUUCGUAGUAUCGCUGGCAUGAAGCAUCUGUGUGUGAAAAAAAAAAAA